AUGAGCUCUCCUGCCCCUCCAUGCAAAACGUGCAGACUGCAUCUGUAUAUCGGACAAUGCUUUUGUGACGGCAACGGCGGCAAAAAUGUCGAAUUCUACAAGCAUGAAAUAAAGUGCAGAGUGGGAGUAAAUCAACCCUUUAAUGAGGACAAAAUACAUUAUAAGAUUUGCAGAUACUGUCAUGGUGAAGAGUCAAGGGCGAAAGAGGGAGAAGCGAGGAGGAAGAAGGAGAUUGAGAGGGAGGCAGGAGAUAGAGAGGCACUAGAUAUGGCGAGAAGAGUGUCACAAGCGAAUAAAGAGAGACGGAGAGAAUUGAGAGAAGGAGGAAAAAGUAAGGGAGGAGGAAAGAGAAAGAGAGAGAGAGAGAGAGAGAGAGAAGAAGAAGAGAGAGAAAGAGAGAGAGAAAGAGAGAGAUGGGGGAGUGACAGGAUUGAUAGAAAUCAGGAAAAUGCGAAAGUUCUGAGAAGAGCGAGGAGAGAUGAGCGAGUGAGGUGGGAAGAGAGAUAA